AUGAAUUCCAAGAAGUCGCAAUCGCAAUCGUCAACCCAAAAACGAGCAAAGAUCGUAUGCGCGCGCGCACCACUCCGCACCACCGCCAAACCACCGACAAACAUCAUAGCAUCAGUCAUCAUAGCAUCAACAUCAUUCCCAAUGCUGCCCCCUGCCGUCUGCCACUUGAGCGUAAAGCUUCUGUUGCUGCGUCUGCUGCUGGUCACCGCCUAUGAGUAUGGCUAUCAUCCUAGUGCCGAGGAGUUUGACAGCUUGCUGCGUGAAACGCGUACUUGGACGCGGGACUUGUUGGCGGCGGAGCGCAGGCGGGAACGGUUUAUACCCAAAUACAGGCAACAAACGCAAGUGCAAAAAAUUGAUAGACCCGCUGGCGGCUCGUUGGAUUUUCAAAUGUUUAGCGAGGAGCAGAAUGUGGCUGAUCAACAGCCCUAUGUCUAUGAGGAUGUCGACUACGGAUCCGAGCCGCCGGGACUAGCGAACAUGCACGUACAGAGUCAGCUCAUUGAGAUCAGUGAGCCGAAUAAGAAAUUGCCUCCCGCCGCCAGCGCCUCGAAUGGCAGCUCCACAUUUCCCAUAUUCUUCACGAAUCCCGCCACUGGUAUUGUCUAUGCCAUCACCGAGCUGGGACAUGCGGAUAAUUAUGCUGUGGCUCAUCUGAAUGAUAGCAGCAGCAUACCGAUUUUUGUCACGAAAACACAAUACGACAACGAUUUGCAGGCAAUGCGUGAUCAUUAUGAGGGAGCAGCAGCAGCAGCAGCUGCAGCAGCGACAUCUAGCGCUCUAUCCACACCCGUCAUUGUGGCCUCAACAUCGCCGACAACAGCACGCCCGCAGAUCAUACGUUUGCAAAAGCCCAAGGGUCCGACGGCGGGACCGCCUAGGCCAAGCAAUAAGCUGCCCAUGGCAACCAGCAGUAGUCCCCACAAGCAUAAGCCACCACCGGUUAUGGUGCCCAGUAACGCACUCGCGGUCAAUGAUCAGAUAAAGCGACCGACGACGACGAUGAGGACGCCAACGAAAAAGCCUCUGCCAACGCGUCGUACUCGCACGAAGACGAAGAAGAGCAAGAAGAAAAAGAAGAAGAAGCAGCACAAGCGUCCCGGAUACAGGCCGACACUGAGACCAACAUCGGUGCUACAACAACCCCAAAUAAUAUUGGGAACCCGCACAAGUACAACAACGAAUAGCACCACAAUACCGUCAGCUUCACGUCCCAGCGCGACCAUUUCCAUGGACAAGCUGUCCACACAGCUGGAGAAGCCGCAAGGGCCGAGUGCGAUAAAUGGGGGUGUGGAUGAACCUGCAGAUGCGAUGGGUGUCAGUGGAGGAGGCACCACAUUUAGUCAGCAUCCAUUCGUUGUCUCGAGUGGUUACAUUGAUUUGAAUUCCCGGCAAGUACCCAAAAAUCAUCGACUGAUGAGGCGAUCGGUGGAAACGGUGUCGGCCCGAAAGACUGGAGGUGGUGGUGGUGGUGGUGGCAAGCGCAGAAGGAAAUCUCAGACAAAAAAGAGGAAACAAUCGCCGGAGACUUCAACGAUCUCGAGACGUAGCGGUGCAGCUAAGCAGAAACGUAAAGAGAAGAGGAGCGAGGAAGAUGGAUUCGAUUUGUUGGAUCUGUUAACCGAUGAGGCAGAUGAGGAUGGUGCUGAAUACUAUGACGAUGGUUCCUAUUACUACGACGAAGAGACUGAUGGAAAUAUAACCCCAGCCAAGUUAAAUGUGGAGACUACCGAAUGGCAUUCGGAUCUGAAAGAAGACACUACAACACAAGAUAAUAGUAGCUCGGCAGAAGAAGGUGCCGAUUUCGGUGCCUUGGAGGAGGAAUUAGUCGUACCAGUGAGUCCGACGGGCGUCAGUUCCAAGCUCGGCACAGUGCAGAGUGCCGAGGAAACUCAGUCCAACAGUAAGAAUAGCAUGGGCAAAAAAAGAAUACGUCGUCGACCUCCGAGUGUGGGAAAUCAGGUCGGUGGUGAUGGCUCCAGCUCGGAUGAGUACGAUGAUGAGGAUGACGAGGAUGAGAGUGCCACAGGCAUGGGCAUGAGUGCUGGUUUCGGUAGCUUUCUUCGGAUGAUUUUUUAUCCGGUUCAAGUAGCGAUGGACCGCAUCUAUGAUGGCUUUACGGGUCACAGUGAGGAGGAGGAUGCGAAUAAAAUUAAAAAGCCCAAAUAUCCCAGCUAUACGCUCUAUCAUAGUGCCCAUAGCAAGGGCAGCAAUGAGUUCGUAGCUGCUGCUGCUGAUGAUGAUAAUGAUGAUGAUGUGGAUGAGGAGGAAGACUCGUCUAGCUCCUUGGGUGGCUGGUUCAGUUCGUGGUUCGGUCUACGGCGACGUACAAAGAAAAUUGGUAGCACAACAGUGAUGCCAUUGACGCCAACGCCAGCACCAGCUCCAGCACCUACCGAGGAGCCCGGCUGGCUGGAAUGGUUGGGCUUCGGCUUUGGCAAGACAACAACGACAGCAGCGUCCAUCGAAGAAGAUGACUACGAUAAAUGGUUUUCUAGCUGGUUCGACUCGAAGCCCAAGCAGAAGGCACGUCGCCGCACAACCACAUCGACAACAACAACGACAACACCAACACCACAGGUUCCCAUACUGACCAUUGUGGAUCCGUUGCGUAACCCACAAAACUGGAUUGGCAUACUGGCCCAUCACAUUGCCAACACGACGAGCAGCUCGACAACCACACACAAUCCACUAAUGGAAGCGUUGACUCGUGUAACUACCACCACCACCACGACGGAGAAUCCAGAUAUUCCGCGACGGAUAAGCUACGAAAAGUUUCAGAUCUGGCGUCUAAAGCCGCAAGAUGAGGCCCAGGUGCGGGCUCUGGAGGAGUUCAAGAAGGGCGAGGACGGCAACAAGCUGCAAUGGCUUAAGGGGCCAAGUCUAAGAGGCCUCACCGAUGUCCUCGUGCCACCGAAAAUGCUCGUUGACUUGCAGGGCACCCUCAAUUUUGAGGGUAUUGCGCACGAAGUGCUGAUCUUCGAUGUGGGAAAGGCCAUUUCCUAUGAGCAAUCCAAAGAGGACUACCUCUAUACCACACCCACGCACAGUAAGCGACCGGCCAAGCCCAGCAAGUUCGGACCUGCACCCACGCAACCGGCGAUAACCUGGAAUAAAUAUUAUGAGCACGAUGACAUCAUAAAUUACCUGGAAACGAUACGUAUGCGGCAUGCGCAGCUCGUCGAGCUCAUACACAUAGGCCGCUCCUACGAAGGACGACCCCUGGUCGUGGUUAAGAUCGAGUCGAAGCAGACGGCUGCCGCGGCCAGAGCCGCGGUUGCGAACAGUCACAAGCGCUUAAAGUAUAAACGAAAGUCGGGUCAGGCGAAUGCCGUCUUCAUCGAGGCGGGUGCGCAUGGUCUGGCCUGGAUUGGACCUGCGGCGGCCACCUGGAUGAUCAGCGAACUGCUACGCUUAAUGCGAACAAACAAAACCGAUCCGGACUACGAGUCCAUACGCAACACCACCUGGUACAUUAUGCCGGUCCUCAAUCCGGAUGGGUAUGUGUACAGUCAUGAGUACGAUCGUUUUUGGAAAAAGUCACGUUCCCGGCAUGUGGCCAAAACCCAGGGCGGCAUUCUAAACUCAGCCAUGACUUGGCUGCAACAGAAACGAAAUAGUGAAAAGGUCUGCUAUGGGGUUGACUUGGAUCGGAAUUGGCUGUAUCAUUGGGGCAAGCGGGGUAGUUCCAAGACACCCUGUAAUGAGUUCUAUGCGGGGCCAACUCCGUUCUCGGAGCCCGAAACGAAAGCGGUUUCAGAGUUCCUCAUGGACUAUCGCACGCAAAUUAAGCUGUACAUAUCCCUGCAGGCCUACGGUCAAGUGAUUUCCUAUCCCGUCAAGGCGAAUUCAACAUUCAAUGCGGAGCGUAUGGAUGAUUUUCUGGAUGUUGCCAUGGUUGGUACAGAUUGUUUGCGUAAAAGGGGCAGCAAGGCGCGUUACAAAGUGGACUCGGCGCAUGAUCUAAUCGAGCAUCGAUCUGGUUGUGCCGAUGCGUUUGCCGCCUAUGAAAUCGGUAUACCCUUUAGCUAUACCCUGCAACUGGCCGAUAAUGGCGUCCAUGGGUAUCUGCUGCCCAGCAGCGCCAUUGAGCCGACAGCGCGCGAUGCCUUCGAGAUUAUAACGGGGAUGCUGGACUACAUUUGA